CAAUCGAAUCCCUUCUGCAACGUCUCACGAUUCUAACCUCCAGUCCCUCGUUUGUCCUUUCUGCUUCGCCCUUGCACUCGCUCGCACAGCCCUUUGCGCUCGCCUCUUUAUCCCAAUUAUUCUCCCCUUGAUUCCGCUGCUGUGCCGCUGAAGAUGCGCGACGUCUGAAUGACAGCCUAGAGAUGGCCCCCUGGCUCUCGAUGCCCACGAUGCAUCAUCCAUCUGGUCGCCGUGGUUGCGACAGCACCCGAAGCAGCCACCACGACGCCUUUUUCCGCGGCCGGCAUGAGCCAUCGAUUCUCAGCCUCGCCGCAGGUAGCCGUGGGCUCUUGCUCGGCGCUCAAGAUGCGGCAAUCCGUGGAGGGGAGCGCCCAACAAGGCUGCGUCAUCCGAGCGCGAACGACCAAGUGCGGCAAUCAGAGCAGCAGCAACGACAGCAGAAGCCGCAACAGAUUCAGCAAUCGCGGUCGCAUCUUCGCAUGGGCCACGAGACCCGCGUGGCUCGUUCUCACCCUGCUCGCCCUCAUCCUCGUCGCGACACCGGCCGCCGCCGUCCUGGUCGAGUUCGACAACUGCCUCCCCGACUCGUACCGCCUGCACAAGCCGCCGCUGCUGCAAUGGGAGCCGCUGUAUGUCGACGCCGUCUUCGACACCAAGACGCCCAACCACAACCUGCAGGUUAUUGUGUGGGGAAACGUCACGGGCUCGCAGAACCUCAGUCCGCUCCCGCCUCCGAACGACCCAUACUGGACGAAUCCCGAUGACACCAACGGCAAGAUCGAGCAGACGCCCUACGUCGAUACGCUUGCCACCACUCUGGUCCGGAGAGUCAACGUCUUGACGUACGAGCCAUGGAACGACCGCUCCAAUUUCUGCGCGGACAGCCUCGUUAAUGGCACUUGUCCCUUGCCGCCUACCUUUGGCAACGUUGACCUCCCCUACGGACUUCCAUCGGUAAACCUAAGUCACGACUUCUUCUCCUCAUACUCCUUUAGCUCCUUCGCCGUCACCUUUCUCCUCAUCAAUGGCGAUCAGGCAGCCACCAACAUUGGCUGUGUCUCUGCCACCAUCACCCCUAAUCUCGGCAGCGUCUCCUGGGUGCUCAAAUUCAUGCCCCUUCUGGUCCUGCUGUUUGCUGGGUUCGCGAUUCCAUUUGCUGGAAUUUGGAGCCCCUGGGGCACUACCAAUGUCUUUCAUUGGACAUCCAACUAUGGCCGGGAUGCUGACCUGCUGCGGCUUGUCACCCCUGGUUUUAGCGACUGUCUGCAGUACAUCCAGUUCAUUGUUCUGACCGGCGCCCUGACUCUCGAUUACCCCGGCUACUUCCAGCCUGUAGUGAGCCAGGUUGGGUGGUCAUCGCUCAUGUUCAACGAGAGUUUUGUCGCCCGUGCCGAUCCGUGGCAGAACCUGGAGGACGGCAUCUAUGUGACCAAGCCGGGUACUACCUAUGGACUGCAGAAGAUGGCUCAGCUGAUUGGCAUGUCCGAGGCUGAAGAUGUAUGGCCGGGUAUGAUGGUGUGGCUCUGCGUCAUCAUCGCCUCCGUCAUUGUUCUCAUCCAGCUUGGCUUUGCCGUUCAGUGGAUCUUCCGCAAGAUCAGAAGGACCACCGAGGAGGACCUGCGGGCAAAGAAUAUCCCGUUUGUCAUUGGCAACGUGGUCCGCAUCGUCUUCAACUUCAUGCUGAUGCCCAUCGUGGCUCUGUCAUGCUUCCAAUUCGUCGUGUCCGGCCAGUCGCCGGGCUGGACCGUUGCCUUGGCUGCGCUGACACUGGCGUUAGUCAUUGGCUUUGCGGCCUAUCUGCUGUGGCUCAUCAUCACAACGCGGCCGAAGUCGGUCUUGUUCGAUGAUCUGCCCACGGUUCUGCGCUACGGACCUUUGUACAACACAUAUGCCGACGAGGUUGCUGCGUUUGCUCUCAUACCCAUCCUGCUCAACGUCAUUAGAGGCGUUGCCAUUGGUGCCGUGCAGCCGAGCGGCGUUGCUCAGGUUGUGCUUCUGGCCAUUUGCGAGGUCAUCCAGAUUAUCAUGAUCUACGCCUUUCGACCAUAUCAACGAGCUACCUCGAUGAACAUCUAUCACAGCCUGUUUGCGGGCCUGCGACUGAUUAUCAUCAUCCUCAUGGUCACCUUUGUGCCCAGUUUGGGCGUUACCGAAGGUCCAAAGGGCUGGAUCGGUUAUGCCAUUUUGCUGCUCCAUGCUUGCGUGCUCGCCCUGGGCUUCUUCCUCGGCGCUGUGCAGACUAUUAUUGAAGUCAUUGCCAGGUUGUUCGGUGCCGGUGGAGACGACGUCACUGGAUUGACCCGUGGCGGCCUGUCCAAGAUCUUCGGCAUGAGGCAGCUCUCCAGGAGAGUCAACCACCGCCAGGGGCCGUCGCGAGCCAGCCAGCUGUCCACCGCGGCUAUGCUGGAUGCCGAUGAUAGCGGCAAAUCUGGCUUUGUGAUGCCGAGUGGCAGAGUCCGCAGCGGCUCCGUGGCUAGCCUCAGCGGUGUCAUGGCCCACCAUCGACAUCGGAGCAGCUCAGCUCUUGAUAGCAUGUAUUCAGCCGCACAACGGAAUGUCGACACGGCGAGUUCAUACGUCCCAGGGACGCCGGGCGAAGCCAGCACCUUUUCGUUCCUCGCAUCGCCCUCUGCUGCUCGCCAGGGUCCGCCUGGAGUUGUGGUAGAAGCCUCUGAUCCCUAUUAUCGCCCUCCACGGCGGCGCCGUGAGAUGACUGGCGACUCGGGGCAGCUCGACGGCCGGCGUGACUCGCUCACCAUUGAGCCUGUCCCUCAGCCCGGAGGGCUAGCCCCUGAAGCUCCCGACUCAGGGGCCGAGAUUUCGCGAGGAGCCACUCCAGCGCCAGGCCAUGGCGGCAAUAACCUUUCCAUCAGCUUCCCCGCAAAUCGACCGGACUACUCGACCCGCGAGGUUGACUUUUACUAUGGCGUUCGGGGUCCAGCUUUGAACUCGGAAGGCCCUGGCAGGAAGCUCGGAACUGGCCCUGCAGAUCCCACCGGGCCGGCCGCGACCGCUGCUGGAUGGCUCCGCAGCCUGCUCUUCGGCGGUAAAACUAAGGAGAAGGGCAAAGGCUUUGAGGUCGUCAGAAGCGCUAGGAUGCCGCCCAACAUGGUUCGAAAUGGAGGCUUCGGAGACGAGACGCCGCCGGAGGGCAUCCCAGUCGCCAUGGGGGUCAUUCGAAACGGACCCAUCGAUUCUGAUGACGACGAUGAGCCUCAGAUCAGGAGGCCGAAGCGUCGGGAAGGCGAGCUUCUUACCGACAACGGCGACCCGCAGUCGGAGUCUGACAACGGUGAGCCUGAUAGCCCCGUCACGGAUCGACUCCCUCGCGGGCGUAUGUCUCAAUCUGCCGUCGCCUUGGGUUCAAAGAAGGCAGAGGCUUCGCGCGACGGGGUGGAUAGUGAAGGAGUCAGCGAUGUGGAUACGUCUGACGCUGAUGAUAAUGCACCCGUCAUUCCACGAAAGAGUUCCAAGAGACACUCGGCCUUGCUAGAUCGCAACACCCAGAUCACGCCUCUUGUCCGGAUUGAUUCCCAGACGAGGCGUCCUGAGAGCCGAGCAUCCCAGCAGACAGCGCAGACGGAGUCGACUCUACAGCAAGGCGGUGUAUCACUGCUGCCUCGUCUCCCGUUUGAGCGGAGAGGCUCUGAUAGACGGUCAGACCAACGGCCGUCUUCAAAAUCGUCGCUCGACUUUCCGGAUCUGAGAAGCAUAGACUCGGCAACGCAGGAUGAUCCUGCCGGUUUUGGAACUGUUUCUCACCACAGCAUCAGCCGCGUUGACCCCCAGCCUGUGGAUGAUGACAUGUUGAGCACUGCCGCGUCUGUCGUGGAUGAUGCGCACUCUGGGAAAGACAUAUGAAUUCGUCUGCAACACCAUGACCAGCAUUCCGCUUCAGCAAGCUUGAGCGUGUUU